AGAUCGUGAGGGCGAUGACCCAUGUGAUCAACCAGGGCAUGUCCAUGUACUGGGGGACAUCACGAUGGUCUGCCAUGGAGAUUAUGGUGAGUAGGAACACACUUCCUCACAACCUCACAGUACACAAACUUCAUACUCUAAUAUGUUGUAGACCUACACAAUUCUGUCCACAUAAUUCACUAGCAUGCUUGGGAUAUGAAUGCUUCUGAAGUCUGACCUUAGGGAGUAAACAAACACUACAGGGGGUUGAAAAGGGGAAUGAAGUCUGAAAAGUUCAGGGGCUGUCUUGUAAUAUCAAUGCUUUUGAAGAUAUGGAAGUUUGGUCUGACAAGAGAAGCAAGGUGAAUGGAGUCAGCAAAGUUCAGAUCCCACUUUCCUCACCUUGAUUCUCUCCCCCUCCUCCUCCUCUCUUUCUCAUCCCUCAUUAUUUUAGGAGGCGUACUCGGUGGCCAGGCAGUUUAACCUGAUCCCGCCGGUGUGUGAGCAGGCCGAGUAUCAUUUCUUCCAGAGGGACAAGGUGGAGACACAGCUGCCUGAGCUCUACCACAAAAUAGGCAAGUUGCAUCUAUAUUGGACUGUGUAUGCUGUGGUCUUAAAGGGAUACUUCACCACUUUUGACAUACCAGUAUGUCAAAAGUGGUCUAAAGUUGAGCUGAGUCAAUAUUCCAUGCCGCAAAAGGUAAACUGUAGAUACCAAUACUUUUGUCCUUCAGUACCAUGUGACCUGACUCCCAUGUGCCAUUGCAGGUGUGGGUGUGGUAUCCUGGUCACCUCUAGCCUGUGGAAUCAUCACUGGGAAGUAUGAGAAUGGUAUCCCAGAAUGCUCCAGGGCUUCCAUGAAGGUACUGCUCGUAUAUUCUUGUCCCAACAACAUCUGAGGGGAUUUAUGAAUGUCUGCUUGGUCCUCAGGGGUUUUCUAAGACCCUUCUUUCUUCUCUCUCCUCCAGCCGUAUGCCUGGUUGAAGGAGAAGAUAGUGAGUGAGGACGGGAGGAAACAGCAGGCCAAGCUGAAGGAGCUGACUACAAUAUCUGAGAAGCUGGGCUGCACUCUGCCACAACUAGCCAUCGGUACAGACAGAUAACCAUGCUGGAUGUGGAGGAUUACCCUUUUUUGAGUCUUGGAGGGACGUCCUGAUGAACCUCUCUCUCUCUUGCUCGCUCUCUCUCUCUCUAGCCUGGUGCCUGAGGAAUGAAGGAGUGAGCUCAGUGCUGCUGGGAACGUCCAACCCCAUCCAGCUUGCAGAAAACCUGAGGGCCAUGGAGGCAAGGAGAAUCUCUGAUAUACUAUAC